UGCCAUCGCUGGCGGCGGCGGUGGUGGUGGCGUCUGCUCCCGGCCUCCCUCGGGGACCUCCCGGAGCCCGCCGCGCGGGCGAUGAGCUCAUGACCGCGAGGAGACGCCGUUAUGGACUGUGCCCGUCUAAUCUGUGACCCGUGUGCACGUGGGCAGUGUGUGUGGCUCUGGAACAGAGCGACUGGGUGAACCGUGUUUUUUUUUUUUCGGUCGUGUGCUCGCACUGUACGUGGUGAAGCCCUGCCAUCGUAAAAUGACAUCGGCGUUGAAUUGUUCAGUUUCCUUUUAGGUGUGGUUCUCUCCAGUGUGUGGGAGCACGUGCACGUGUGUUUGUCUGCGUGUACUGCCCUCCAGAUUAAUGCCAUUGUUCAGUGGAAUAAUGCAGACCUAUCUUCUGACAGAAGGAUCCUUGUCUGGGCACUUGUUCAGUGUUUUAUAAAGUCAUUUGUUGUUGACUCUGUGGGGGUUUCUGAAGCAGGAAGGCAAACAUGGGCCUCUGUGUGCCAGUAAGAAAGCACAGUCCAGUCCUCUGGCUCUCCUCUCAGCUCUUUCCAUUACAUUCUGAGUGCUUUGUUAUCGUUACUAUGCGUUUCAGUUUGUUUUGCCUAAAGUGUCCUGGUUCAAAAAGGCACGUAACAGAAGACACAGGGUCUCAGACAUGGUCUAUAGGUCGUACCGUAGACGCUUGCAUAGUCUCUAGCAAAAGAGCUGGAUUUCAUGAAGCCGAAAGAACGGCGUUGGAGGACUUUCUCUCCUGAAGAGAAACUUGUCGAUCAUAUCUGCAGAGGAAUGUUCACAACUAUCCAAGCGUUUGGUUAAUCAUUAACGGCCGUGUAACUGCUAAGGCUUGAGUAACGCAUGCAUGCCUUUCUCUCUCUCUCGUGUGACAUGCAUCAAAUUGCAUUUUCUGGAAUGAUUCGUAAGACGGAUCAUGCCAGUACUUUGGUAUCCGUAAGAAACAGUUCUCCCUGCUCUUACUAGUAUGGGGAGCAAUCGUAUAUUUGGGAAGGCAGGCCAGGAUCAGGUCAUUUUGCUUAGAAGAAGAGUUCACUUUCUGUCCCCUGGGCUGAUGGCUUUUCUAGCAGCAGUGCUAAGAGGACAACAUUUUAACUGCAGCCCUGGCUUAGGCCAGAUAUCUGUGGUUAACCGCGUUUUGUGUGUCUUCAGUCUUCACUUAGCUAGUGACAUUCAGUGCUUCCACUUUUGCAAGGAUCAUGGGUGAGCAUCAUCAGGCCUGUGGAAUUUUGCGAAUUGGCACCCUUUGGACUUUGUGAAUGUGUCACGAAAAGGGCAGCUGCCCUUCUCUUGCUACCGCCGCGGAUAGCGCUCUGGCGCCUGACGUUCCUCUGGAAGUGAAACUUCCUUGUUGAAAUCAGUCUCCAUCGCGCCGACAUGGGUGGCUGGGGUUGGUAUCGCGGAAGAUCAGAGUGAAACGGUCUCUGGAGAAGCAGUCCAGGCAUUUCCUGCCUGUUGGAAGAUGAGUGCGGGGCAGAAGGACAGUUGGUGGUGGGCUCAGUGACUUUCUCACCGUGGGGAUGGCGCAGGGAGGCCCUCAGCUGGACUAUCAGAUUCUGCACGACCUGAAGCAGCGCUUCCCCGAGAUCCCCGAGGGAGUGGUGUCUCAGUACCUGCUGCAGAAUAACAACAACCUGGACGUGUGCUGCCACCUGCUGGCGCAGGAGAGUAACCGCUACCUGUAUGAGGAGUACCACAGCUCGGAGGAGGGCCGGCUGAGCCGCAACCACAUGCUGCACAUCAACCUGGGCAGCCUGGGCUACCCGCUGUCGGAGGGGGGCAAGGCCAACGGGGUGGGGCGCACGCUGGUGCACAGCUCCAGCGACGGACACCUGGAGCCCCAGAGGGGCGGGGCGGGCGGCGCCAAGCAGCCGCAGAUGGUGUUCCCGGAGCCCCACUCGGCGCCCGCCACCAUGGCCCCCUCGCCCGGGUACAACCCCUUCUUCAUCAACGAGCAGGGCCGGUCGGCCGGCACCCCGCCCCCCCACCCCGCGCCCACCUACUGCCCCGUGCCGCGCUACGCCAUGAACCCCAUCACCGUCACGCUGUCCCAGAACAUCCCGGCCGCCCCCCAGGCGCUGCAGAUCCCCGGCUGCGCCUUCGGCAGCGGGGGGAACACGCUGUACAUCCGGCCGGGCCCCUCCCAGAGCCCGCAGCCCUCGCCCUGGCCCUCGCCGGUGCUGCCCGUGUACCAGCCCUCCCCCUACCCCGGCGCCUACCCCUCCAAGCAGAUGGCGCCGACGGUGUACCACUCGCCGCCCCCCGCGCAGUUCCCCUCGCCCUACAGCUCGCCGCAGCACCAGAUCCAGCAGACGUCCCACGUGCUGCUGCCCAUCAGCCCGCCCACCUACCAGCACCAGCAGCAGCAGCAGCAGCCAGUCGCCUAUCUGCCUUACCUGAAGAACCAGAUGGAGAUCCCCCUGGAGGGGCCCCAGAGGGCCCCGCCCCCGCGGCCCCGCAGCAGCUCCCCCGCCCCCGGCCAGCAGGGGGCGCAGCGGGGGCAGAGCUCCCUCUACAUCUCCACCAGCCCCUCCCCCGGCUCGCCGUCCCGCGGGAUCAGCCUGGCCGGGCCCGCGGGGACCUCCUUCCACCCGGGCAUGUACAUCCACCAAAGCCCCGGCCGGCCCCACCCCGCCUCCUCCCCCCAGCCCGCCAACCCCGCCUACACCUUCAAGAUCAAGGUGUCGCCGGGGCGGGCCCAGCGCCCCUCGGAGUCGCCCACCGUGGAGACCGAGUCGCUGCUCAACAUGGUGGACCAGGCGGACCACCCCGCUGCUCCCGCCCCCAUCCUGCCCAUCUCUCUGUUGCCUGGCAACAUCGCCAGCCAGAUUAACCACAUGCCCCGCCGGUCCAGCUCUGGCUCUGACGACUACGCCUACACUCAGGCGCUGCUGCUGCACCAGCGGGCCAGAAUGGAGCGUCUGGUGAAAGAGCUGCUCCUGGAGAGACAGAAGCUGGAGCAGCUGAAGAGCGACGUCAACGACAUGGAGUAUGACCUCCUGCAGAGACGCUUCCACAGAGUCAACAGCUCCAGCCUCAUCCCCAGGCCCGAGGAUAUGACUCGUUUGCGCAGUCUGAACCGACAGCUGCAGAUUGACAUAGACUGCACCUUGAAGGAGACAGACCUGCUUCAGUCCAGAGGCAAGUUUGACCCGAAAGCGAUGAACAACUUCUAUGACAACAUUCAGCCAGGACCGGUGGUCCCACCCAAACCUGUGAGAAAGGACGGAGGGGGCAGCUCCAAGGCUGCGGGGAGGCCUGCUCCGCGGGACGAGGAUUUUGAAGGGGUGCAGUGGAACUGCGAGAGCUGCACCUUCCUCAACCACCCUGCACUGAACCGGUGUGAGCAGUGCGAGAUGCCCCGCUACACCUGAGCCACGCCCCCUGCGUCUGAGCCACGCCCCCUGCCUCUGAGCCACGCCCCCUCAUGCCUGAGCCACGCCUUCUCGCACCCGACCCAUGGCUCAUUGUCAGAACCAUGCCCCCUUAUCCCCUAGCCACGCCCUCUACACCUGACCCGCCCCCCCACCCCCUCAACGGCUGAGCCACGCCCACUACACCUGAGCCACGGCCCGUAUGAGGAAGACUACCUCCUACCCCCCCCGCUGCGCAUACACCCAGCUCCACCUGACCCAAAACAUGCAUCCCAACCCCCCCUCCUCCCCCCACUUUCAGAGAGGAGUUGCCUGUGAAGAGAGAGAGAAAAACUCUUCAGAAAAGGAGGGGGGCAGGAAAUUUAAGCUAAAGUGGAUACCUGUGGAGGUGUGGCCCCAGCUCAGGGAACAGGCAGCAUGGGGGUGGGGGUGGGGCGGGGGGUGGUUCAGAGAAGACAGGGGCGUGGCUUGGAACUGGCAACCCUCGGGGUGGUUCAUAGAACGAACUGCGUGGGUGUGCUUCAGCGGCCGUGGAGGGGAGGGGGGGGUCCGAACUCCCCCCCACCCCCCAUGCCGAAAGAGACUGCAGUGUUUACGUGCCUGGCGUGCACCCGCCAGACGGACUACAGACGGACUGUCGAGGAGCAGCGGGAGUCCAGUAAACCUACACUGUACGCCGUCCCUGCCCUGCAAGGCAAACGACACUAACAGACUCGCGUUCGAAUAUACUCCUGAUUCUGCUCUGCGUUACGCUCUAUUGUACACACGCAAGGGGUUUUCCUGUCGGCAGGCUUCAGGUUCCUGUAGUUAAUGAAGCACUGGGGCUCCGUGCGGAGCUCGGUGUGUGAAUGUACGUAUGAAUAUAUCUGUAAGAACGUAUAUACUCGUCCUCUGUCCACAUACGCCUAUGAACAAUUCAAAAAAAAGCACUGCAUCUAUUGUGAAUUCAGGAACUUCUUAAUAUCUGCUGUAGUGGGACACACUUAAUGUAUUCUUCCUUUUUGGUUGCAUUGGUGCCUGAAGUGGGCUCGUUUACCCAUCGAACCCUAUAGCACCUCAGCCCGAAUGCAGAAAUGAACCUUAUUAUGCUGGCUGCGCGUGUUCGGGUGGGGUGCUAUAGGGCCUGGACAGACUACUAUAGGGUUAGAGGAAACCCCUUUGAUUGGUUUUGGGUGUGGUAUUAGUAUUUCUUUUGGGUGGAGGUAAUGAAACUAACCCGAUAUCGCCCCACCUGAAUUAGGCCCCUAGGGCCUCAGUCUGCCCCGGUCGGGGUGAAGCAGUGACGGUUGGUCUGUUUUGUUUUGAGGUCAUAAUGAGUAGUAUUGUAUAAACAAGGUGUGUGUGUAUGUGUGUGUGUGAUUGUGUUUUUUUUGUUUGUUUUGUUAAUUUUAAAUCUUGAAAUUUUUCUAAUUUUCUGCCCCUCCCUCUGCUGGAAGAGGAGCAAAAUGUGGGACUACUCCAGCAUUAAUGCAGCUGUGGGGAACAGUGCCGCCAUUCAACCAACUCCUCCUCCACCAACACCACCCUCUCCCCCUUCACCAACACCACCCUUUCCCCCUUCACCAACACCACCUUCUCUACCACCAUUGCUAGCACCUUCCCUCCCACCAACACCACCCCCUCCACUUACACCAACACCUCCCCCUCCUCCACCAACACCACCCCCUCCAUCAGCACCCCAACCUCUCCACCUACACCAACACCUCCCCCUCCUGCAUCACCACCACCACCACCCUCUCCCCCUCCAACACCUACUUCUCCCACCACCACAGUUGCCACCCCCACCACCUCAACGUCCCCAGCCAGAAUCCUGUGAGAUUGCAGCCUGGUUUAGCAUGUACAUAAUGUAAUAUAUGUGUCGAAAUAAACAUACCAGAAGUC